UUAAAAAAAAUUAUAAUAUUCUUAGGCUCAAGAGGAUUUAAAGAAAGGUCAAAUAAGUUCCAAGAAGUUAAGCGUUUGCCUCCUUGAUAAUGGAUCCCCCGUCGGCGCCAGGGGAGUGUGCAGUGGCAGGGUGCAAAGGCCGUGACGAUUUACAAAGGUUCCCGGAAAAUGAAAAGGAGAAGAGGCUGUGGAGUGACUUUUGCAAGAGGGAGAUUGUGGAUUUUGGGACUGCCCGAGUCUGUGGGAGGCAUUUUAGGGAUGAGGACUACGAGGUGGUCAGGGUUCCUUCCAGGAGAUUGAAGAGUGGGAGUCAGCCAACGCAACAGCCUCCGGGAAGUGAAGGUAACCCAGCCACAGAGAAAUGUAGCAUAGGAGAAUUCCAAAGACAGUUGAAACGUUUAAAGAAAGAGAAGGAUAUUCUCCUAAAAAGAAAUAGACUGUUGGCCAAAGAAAUUAAAGAGGCAAGGAAACAUGUGUCCGAUUUCCGUUAUCACAAUGAAUUGAUGGCAAAGGAGCGCGAUAAGGCUCAGAAGGAAAGGGAUGCUCUUCAGUUGGAGAAAAUACAUCUGUUAAAGGCACUAGAUGAAGAGAGAAAAGAAAAGGAGGUUCUCGUUGCAAGGAAAAAGAAGGAAGGAGCAGAACUUCAUGAGACAGAAAGAUGCAGUUUAUAUGGGCUCUUGAACAUGACCGUGUUUUCAGGAGAGAAAGAGUGUUUAGAGACCCAUAAGAUCCGCUGGAUUGCCAUUGCAGACUCUGUUGAAUUAAGCCAAGCAAGCAUAUCACAAAUAGUGAAACUAGUGACCGAUUCCCUAUGGAGGUGUGCAAGAAGGGAAAUUAAAAUGUCAAGGACCAUUCAAGAUCUAGUACAAUCCAACAUUCACGACUCCCUCAUUUGGAGCAACAGUGAUCUUCGGAGAAGAUUUUUGGCCGGAGAAUUUGGUGAUCAUACUUACUUGCUGAAAGAUCAUAUAAUAGAGCCACAUCCAGACACGCUUAGUGUGGAGCAAACAUUUGGUGUCUUAAAAUCAAGGUUCGCUGUCUGCACACAUCAGGUGGUUCUCUACAAUAUGCACCAGAUAAGUGAUCCACCACCUGAGGAGUUUGCUGCCCCAAGAAAUGAAAAUCACAAUUUAGGAGCUGCUGUAAGGAGACAGCUCAUUGACAAUGUUUUUUCUUAG